AUGUCGCCGAAGGACGACGUGACUUGGCAGGGAAAACAACACUAUGUCCUCGAGCGUUUGUCACUCUGCUGGCAUCGUGCUGAUAUCAGCGAAGCCUUUUUCCCAGGGAUGAUCCCCAUAACAUACGCGGGGCCGAACGAUAUUCCUAAGGGCGUAGCGUCCAAAGUAAGACUGACCAAUUGCUUUCAGACAUACAACAAAGAAGCCCGUGCGGAAUUUAUUGGCCCAGACUCUCCGGAGGCACGAGAGCAACUCGGCUCGGUGAUCUUUAAUGGAAAAAUUCGACCACCAAUGCUAGACUCAGCUCUGCCAUGCAAAUGGCUGCAGCAUUGUCUUGCAGAGCAUAAGUGUGGUCUCCCAAAGGAGUCACCAUCUUCAACAGAGGCCUUAGGGUCAGAACACAAAUCGGUGGCUUACUCUGUGAAUAAGCUGCACGAAAAACCCGGUGACGAGGUGUCGAAACUUCGAUUCAUAGACGUGACACAACACAAUAUUGUCGAGUUUCGGGAAAGCGACCUCCUUUACCAGAGCUUUGCAGCAUUGAGUUAUGUGUGGGGACGAGCGCAACGACUAAUACUACGAGAGAACAACAUUGCCGAACUCAAGCAACCUCAGUCACUCGUAGGAAAGCUGGCGAAGACUAUCGUAGACGCAAUUCAAUUGACAAGACUUCUCAAUGUUCAGUACCUUUGGGUCGACUCCCUCUGCAUUAUACAAGACAAUCAUACUGACCAGUCGAUUCAAAUCGACAACAUGAGCAAGAUAUAUGCGCGCGCGUUAGUCACCAUCAUUGCAGCCUCCGGAGAGCAUGCCAACGUUGGGCUUGCUGGGAUAAGCUAUCCGCGAACCAAACACCAGGUAGAAGUGCCUCUGCCUGAGACUGAGUCAGAUAAUCCUUCAUCCUUGUUGACGACCCUAAAUCCGACACCAUCUGGCUUUGCUAGUUGGUUAAUCGGCUGCCCAUGGGCCUCGCGCGGGUGGACUUUUCAGGAAGAUGAGCUUUCAAGACGCAAAAUAAUCUUUGCCGAACAGCAAGUCUUCUGGUCCUGCAACAAAGUUCAGUGGGCUGAAGAAACAGCGAUGGACACUUCGCUUACGAUGUCUACCAUAGCUGCUUUUCCCCUUACUGCAGAUCUUCGCGAGGACCCGAACAGGCUGUGGAACCCGUAUUUCAAAUUCCUAGUCGCUCAGUAUUCAGGAAGAUGCUUGACCAAUGCUGGAGAUGCGAUGGACGCGUUCUCCGCUAUUUUGCAGCAACAUAAGAGCUUGACAGGAUCCGAUUUCUUGUGGGGUAUGCCAACCGCGUAUUUCGAGUCGUCUUUGUGCUGGGGUAGAUUCGAAUAUACCACUUUGAAAAGAAGGCCAGGUCUGACGACGCAUCCCGUCGCAUCUAGUAAGCGCAGAGUGCCCUUUCCUUCAUGGUCCUGGCUGGGGUGGGAAGGUCGAGUCGCGUUCGAGGCCAGCUUUCCGUUCCAGUGGGAUGAUAUCCCUGAAGAAGAAGCAAAUAGCACCAAGGAAGCCAGAAUCGUCUCGAAGUCGGAAAUCGAGUGCUACACGCUCCGUCAAUCUCCUCUCAGGCUGAAGCGUGUGUCCAUGAGUGGUCUUUCUAUGACAGCGACGAGUACCUUGUCGGUGUCUCUAGAGAACAUACUAAUGGAGCUUCCAGCAAUGACGGUUGAGCAGCUGCGCGACACCCCCGACGAACAUUAUCUAUAUUUUUGGACAGAUCAGGCGUUCUUAACGACUGAGCUCUAUCAGAUCCUAGAUCAAGACGGUAGAAAUGGAGUGCACGCUGAGUGGUACCCUAUGCCGGAGCGUUAUGGCAAGAACAUCUUGAAUGAGGAAGGGAGGAAGAUCGGGCAUUGUCUUGCGACCGAGCAGCAGCCAAUCACAAGCAUGAAUGGAGCUUCUACCUUCAUUCUCAUUGCAUCUCAGGUGUCAACGAACAGAUAUGAGAAACAAGUCAUCGCAAUGGAGUUAGAGUUUAGAGGGAACGUGUCGUCGAGAGUGAACAUCGCGUACAUCAACGAGUCCGAUUGGAACAGCGCAGUGCGAGAGCGAAAACUAAUAUGCCUUAAUUGA